AUGGCUCCAGCAGCGCUAUCUUGGAACGAGCUCUGGAUAGCUCGCACUGCUAUCCGCCGGCCCCGCCAACCCCUCGAGAUAUUGCCGAUAUGCGUCUCGGCGAUAAGGACCCGGACAGCGGGUCGUAGGGGACUGCCCUGGCUAGUGACGCUAGCGGCCAUCUUUGGAGGCGGCAGAAGUGCCGCGCCGGGCAGGCGAGCGAGUUGGGCACAGCGAGAGCUGGGCAGGGGAUCAGAUCUAGGCACAAGGGUCAAGGGUGUGGCGUUGGAUUGGGGCGGCCAAUCAUGGGUCAACCGCGAUCGGUGGGGCUUGCGCAUGGCCUCCAUCGCGGCGGGGCAACUGCCGGCGGCGGGCACGCAAUUGCCUGCCUGCCACUCAGCUCCUACCCGCCCAAGAUAA